GGUCCGUAUAAAUAUUUUAUUUAACAGACUUGGCCUCUGAAAAUCUCAUUUGCAUUAGGAAAAUCCCCCCUUUCUCUAUCCUCCGCCAUGGCGUUUCCCUACAUGGAGGCGGUCGUCGGUUUUAUGAUACUGGUGUACAUUUUCGAGACUUAUCUUGAUUUGAGGCAGCAUGCUGCUCUUAAGUUGCCAAAUUUGCCAAAGCCAUUGGUAGGAGUAAUCAGCCAAGAAAAGUUUGAAAAGUCGCGUGCUUAUAGUCUUGACAAAAGCAAUUUCCAUUUUGUGCACGAAUUUGUAACUAUACUCAUGGACUCCGCAAUUUUGUACUUCGGCGUAUUGCCCUGGUUUUGGAAGAGGUGUGGAGAGGUUCUGGUGUAUGCUGGCUUUAAUGCUGAAAAUGAGAUAAUACACACUCUUGCAUUUUUAGCUGGUGUUAUGUUUUGGUCACAGAUAACCGAUUUACCAUUUUCUUUGUACUCAACUUUUGUCAUUGAGGCCCGCCAUGGUUUCAACAAGCAAACACUUCUGUUAUUCUUUAGGGACAUGAUCAAAGGGAUUAUAUUAGCUAUAGUGAUCGGUCCUCCAAUUGUAGCUGCUAUCAUCACUAUAGUGCAGAAAGGAGGUCCUUACUUGGCCAUAUACCUCUGGGGCUUCAUGCUAAUUGUGUCCCUUAUAAUGAUGACUGUUUAUCCUGUUCUGAUUGCCCCUCUUUUCAACAAGUUCACUCCUCUUCCGGAGGGAGAACUCAGAACCAAGAUUGAGAAUCUUGCUUCAUCUCUCAAAUUCCCCUUAAAAAAGUUGUUCGUUGUUGAUGGGUCAACAAGGUCAAGUCACAGCAAUGCUUACAUGUAUGGGUUUUUUAAGAACAAAAGAAUUGUCCUGUAUGACACUUUAAUACAACAGUGUAAGAAUGAGGAAGAAGUUGUUGCUGUAAUUGCUCAUGAACUUGGUCACUGGAAGCUAAAUCAUACGAUGUACUCCUUCAUUGCAGUUCAGAUCCUGACAUUGUUGCAGUUUGGGGGUUACACUCUUGUUCGGAACUCAAAAGACCUCUUCCAAAGUUUUGGGUUUGAUACACAGCCUGUUCUUAUUGGCCUUAUCAUAUUUCAGCAUACUGUGAUACCUCUCCAACAUGUUGUGAGCCUUUUACUCAAUCUUGUGAGCCGUGCUUUUGAGUUCCAGGCUGAUGCUUUUGCCAAGAAGCUUGGUUAUGCUGUUCCUCUACGAGCUGGUCUUAUCAAACUGCAGGAGGAGAAUCUAUCAUCCAUGAACACUGACCCUUGGUAUUCUGCUUACCACUAUUCGCAUCCACCCUUGGUCGAAAGAUUAGCUGCAAUCGAUGAACCUGAUAAGAAGACUGAUUAAACCCAGUAAAUGAGGUGUUGCAUAUAAAUUAAACCUUGUUAAGUUGUUGCUCCAGUUAUGAAAAUGUCUGUAAUCUUGUUUUUGUGAAUUCUGACAGACAUUCGCUUACGUGUAACGAGGUUGAAACUAGUACGAGGAAAUAGCAUUACGAAAAAUUACGAAACUGAGAUUUUAGUCAA